CUCUCCAAUGUUAGGGCACUUCAUAUGAGACACUGCCAGCGUCUAAUUUCAGUAAUUUGACCAACGUCUAGUUUAACCUAAAAGGCUUCAGUCAAAAUCCCUAAUUAAAACAUCCAAUUCACACCUCCUUUUUAGUUUUUAUUUCUCCUCCUCAGGAAUGCCCAUACCUUUUCUUCAUUCAUCAAUCAUAACUACUUCUACUUCUACUUCUAUUGUUUAUUCAACCGAGUGUAACAUAUCUAGGGUUUCCGUCGUCCUGAAAUCCCUGCUCCUCCAGUCCCGCUUUUAUUCGUUCAUCUGGAAGAUGGGUGAUGUGAGGUUAGCCAAUAUGUGGCGCUUAGCUGUGAAUGAGAAGAAAUUUAUUGAGACUGCUUUGCUUUCCGACCUCCGAAUCGACGGUCGUGGCCCAUUUGAAUGUCGUAAACUAUCCAUAGAUUUCGGCAGAGAAGAUGGGUCAUCAGAGGUGCAGCUAGGCCAGACUCGUGUGAUGGGUUUUGUAAGUUCACAAUUAGUUCAGCCUUAUCAAGACAGACCGAAUGAAGGGUCACUUUUAAUAUUUACCGAGUUCUCUCCAAUGGCCGACCCCUCAUUCGAGCUAGGUCGUCCAGUAGAGUCUGCAGUGGAGUUGGGGCGUGUAAUAGAUCGGGGUUUAAGGGAAAGCAGGGCGGUUGACACAGAAUCACUUUGUGUUCUUGCUGGGAAGUUGGUAUGGGCAGUGCGUGUAGAUCUCCUUAUUCUUGAUAAUGGGGGGAAUCUUGUUGAUGCAGCCAAUAUUGCUGCUUUGGCUGCACUCUUGACAUUUCGGCUGUCAGCCUGCACACUUGGAGGAGAAGAUGGUCGGGAAGUGAUUGUGCAUCCGCCUGAGGUCAAGGAGCCCGUUCCUUUAAUGAUACAUCAUCUUCCUAUAGCAGUAACUUUUGCAUUUCUUAGCAGUGAGAGCAUGGUGAUAGAUCCAACCCACCAGGAAGAGGCUGUUAUGGGGGGAAGAAUGACUGCUACACUUAACGCAAGUGGUGAUAUUUGUGCUAUUCAGAAAGCUGGAGGGGAAGGCGUGCUGCAGAGUGUCAUAAUGCAAUGUUUGCGGAUUGCUUCCAAGAAUGCCAGUCUCAUAACAAAGAAGAUAAAUGAAGCAGUUGAAAAAUACAACAAUGAAAGAGCACUACGAAGGAUUAAACGCCACCCUGCUUCUGUUGGUUUGCAUGCUACUGGAGAUGGUGCUCAUUUUGGGUUGUACCAAAAUCUAUCAGCUGUGAAGAAAGAAGAUAUUGAGAUUUCAAGGCUCCAUUUGGAGAGAUUGAAUCCCUUAUCAGAGCAGAACAGCACUAGUCCAUGUGUUGGAGGUGAAACUAAGUCAUCUGAACUAAGUGGAACCACUAGGAAGGAUAUCGGUGCCAUGAAUUCCUUUAGGGGACCCUCAAGUUGGGAUCCUUACUCAAAAGGUGUCAAUCCAGUGUUCUUGAAAGCUUCUUUAUCCUCACGAGGAAGUUCAAUACUCAAUGAAAAACGAAGCGACUUAAAAGGUGAAGAAAUGUCUAGAGAUUCCAAGCAAGAGCAAUCCCUGGAAGAUACUGUGCCAGUUUCCUCAGUUAUUGAUGCAUCACGGACUGAGCAGCCUACCAAUGUACAGAAAACUUUGAAGGAUGCUGUAAAGCCUAAGAACAAGAGAAGAAAGGAGGCAUCAUCCUUUGCUAGCUAGAAUGUUAUGUUUGCACGUAUAUUACUGGUUGAUGCUUUCUUUUGUUUCUUUUAGAAACAGGGAGAGCGAUUGACAACUAAAGUUUAACGGUUGAUACUAGCCCUGGAAUGCUGAACAUCAAAGUGCGAAGAUACAUCUCGGCAACUGCAAUUCAUUCAGCUGUACCAAUCUCCUCACUGAAGAUCACUUUUGCUCCAUUUACUAUAGGUCACUUUGGGCUCUCAAUUUCAUUCCUGAAGCAAAUGUGCUGACAAUUACAUCUCAAGGGGCAACUCUGUAGCAUUUUUGAGAUUUUAACUUCUCACCGUAAAGGUGUUUUUGGUGGAAACUGAGUUACAUCUCAACGGGCAACUCUGUUGAAUGUGAGAUGAAAAUUUUCAUCCGAAACUGGAGUCUUGAAGAUGGUAGAAUUUAAUUUUCCUUUUUCACACUGAUUUGUAUAAGAAUUUUGUUAUUCUAAAUUCAGAUCCUCCAGCUGUCUGUCUUUUGCAA